AUGAAACCACUCUCCAGGGGUUGGUUACUUAGUCACCUGCCCCGUGCAUGCGUGUGUGAGCCAGUUGUGUGCUGGAGGCAAAGGCCAGAGCCAGGGCCUCCCAACUCUUCCAGCCCAGCCACUUGGCCGGGACUCCGCCACCAAUACCGGUCUAUGAGAGACGGGCCUCUGCCCGGCCUCUUGGCACCAAAGCCUGGAGGCUGCCUUCAGGCAGGGAGCAGGGUUGGUACCGUCCCUCACUUGCAUGGCAUGAUCCCCUCUGCUGGCUCCUGGCCACGAGAGGGCAGUCAGCAGGUCCUGACUUCAUUGCCAUCCUCUGUCAGGUGGGCCUGCCUGUCCCGUCUCCCUGGUAACCCCACCCUGUACAUCUUUUGGAAAGCCACGUAUGGUUAA